AUGGCGGAGGGUGGCACCUCCUAUUUUCAGGGAGGCUACCCCAAAUCUUCUCAUGAUGAAUUUAACUCUCGUCAUGGCUUGUCAUCUAACCUCUCUGAUGCUGGUAUACAGCAAAAGUUGGAUGAAAUGCGGGAAAACUUGAAGAAGGAGAUUCGGAAAGAAAUGAAAAUAAAAGAAGGUGCUGAACGUCUUCCUCUACUCGAAAUAAAAAAUUUUUCUUUCUCUUCUCUCUUUUUUUCUCUCUUCUCUCUUCUUUUCUCUUUUCUUUUCUCUCUUCUCUUUUUUCUCUCUUCUUUUCUUUCUUCUCUCUUCUUUUCUCUCUUCUCUCUUCUUUUCUCUCUUCUCUCUUCUUUUUCUCUUUCUCUUCUUUUCUCUCUUCUCUUUCUCUCUCUUUUUCUCUCUUCUCUUUUUCUCUCUUCUCUUUUUUUUUUUCUCUCUUCUCUUUUUUCUCUCUUUUUCUCUUUUUCUCUCUUCUCUUUUUUCUCUCUUCUCUUUUUUCUCUCUUCUCUUUUCUCUCUCUCCUCUUUUUCUCUUCUUUUCUCUCUCUCUCUUUCUUCUCUUCUUCUCUCUCUCUCUCUCUUCUCUUUUCUCUCUCUUCUCUUUUUUUUUCUCUUUUCUCUCUCUUCUCUUUUUUUUUCUCUUUUCUCUCUCUUCUCUUUUUUUUUCUCUUUUCUCUUCUCUUCUCUUUUUUUUUCUCUUUUCUCUCUCUUCUCUUUUCUCUCUUCUCUUUUUUCUCUUCUCUUUUCUCUCUCUUCUCUUUCUCUCUCUCUCUCUCUUCUCUUUUUCUCUCUUUCUCUUUCUCUCUCUUCUUUCUUCUCUUUUCUCUCUCUUCUCUUUUCUCUCUCUUCUCUUUUCUCUCUCUUCUCUUUUCUCUCUUUCUCUCUCUCUUCUCUUUUCUCUCUUCUCUUUUCUCUCUUCUCUCUCUCUUCUCUUUUCUCUCUCUUCUCUUUUCUCUCUUCUCUUUUCUCUCUCUUCUCUUUUCUCUCUCUUCUCUUUUCUCUCUCUUCUCUUUUCUCUCUCUUCUCUUUUCUCUCUCUUCUCUUUUCUCUCUCUUCUCUUUUCUCUCUCUUCUCUUUUCUCUCUCUUCUCUUUUCUCUCUCUUCUCUUUUCUCUCUCUUCUCUUUUCUCUCUCUUCUCUCAAUAGUAAGCAUCUGGUAG